AUGUACGAAGGGAUUGACAACCUGAAAUCCCUUUACGACCGUGCCGGGAAGACUUUCUCCGGCGGUCCUUCUGCGGCACAGGAUGUGUCGCGUCGUACUGCUCGACCAGACCCAGUACGUCAACCAUCAAUUGGGAGCGGGGCUCCCAAGAAUCCUAGGACGGGGGAUAGCCGCGCCACCGGACGAGGUAACUCGUCCGACGUCCGUUCACGUCGCGGUGGUUCAACAGCUGCUCUACUAGAUAGCGCUGGCCACCGCGAGAGUCCUCUAAUGGAGGUGGAGGAGGAGGAAAGACGCUCUCCACACGAUCAUGUGGAUCGGUGUGUUCCCGAGAGCUUUGAUCGCGUAACGCAAGGGUUACGCGACGAUCUCGAGCAUGAGCGGAAUAGGCGUCUCCAGAUGGUGGACACUGCCUCGAAGCAUCGAGCUGAGUUUGCCUUUGCUCAGCUUGAGAACGAGAGAUCUCUGACAUCUCUUCGUGACGAGCUAAGGGUAGCUCGUGGGAUUGUUGAUCGGUCUCGGGCUGAGAUAACUGCUCUUCAGACCCUUGUUGAUGCCCACCAUCGGGAGCACAAGGCUCUCUGCGAGAUGCUUGAGCGCAAGGGCGUUCUUCAUCGGAAGAAGCAGCGUACUGAUGGUACGGCUUAA